AUGGCGGCAAUUUUGGAGCGCACUUGGAAUUGGGUACUUAAGGUGGCUCAACUCGCCCAAGUUCAUGUGAAAAAUGCCGCCAACUAUCACCAGGUGGGUCGGCUACAACAGCUACUGUUUCUCAGUCCUCAUUUAUGCUUGAUCCUCAUCCUUUCCUUCAUGGCACACAUGCACACAUUCACAGGCUUUUCCCAGUCCAGAUCAUAUUUCACAAAAGGAAUUGGCUCCUGCCAGUCACAUGACCUCAGCAAGCUUGACGUGGCUACCAGACCUACACGAAAAGGGGUUAGGCAUUAA